GUCUUCACUCUUCACAAUUAUCUCAGAAAUCAAAGAGCCUCGGCAUUCAUCAAAUUCUCUAUUUCCUUUUCCUUUUCAGCUGGGUGGUUUAACUUUCCAAUCCAUUUAUUUAAGGUCUCUUGUCUUUCCUUGUUGAAGUUGGUUUAGAAUCAGAAUGUCACGAGCACGAAAUGUCUUGGUUGCUUCUGGCUUACUAGCUUUUGUCGCUGCAGGCUUAGCAUUUCCGUUUUAUAUGGCGACAUCUAGGAAACCUGUGGAUUCAUCUAAACCACUUCCUCCGCAGGCAACUUUUCGAGGGCCUUACAUAAAUACUGGUUCACGUGAUGUUGGACCUGAUCACCAAAUUUACCCGAAGAAAUGAUCUUUAUUUUCUGUUGAAUUAACUCCUGUUAACUGUAAGUUAACCGUAUGCUCCUUUCGUUCGUGCACCACGUGAAUUGACUAUGCAUUUGAAAUUAGGCUUUCUUUCCAACUAUUGGGUGCGUAUGUGGAGGCUGAACUAGGAAUUCGCUUUGCUUCCUGCAGCAUGAUGAGUAUUGUGUGACAACUGAACAUGAAAAAUUUAUUUUGUAAGAAUUUAGAUAUGAAAAAUUGUUAUGCUUUCUCUGUGGAAAUCAAGUGCAUAACAUGAAGAGGAAAAGAGCAGAGGCUAUACUUUGUUUUGCUUU